AUGGGUCCAUUUCCUGUCUCUUUCGAUUUUGUUUACAUUUUAUUUGCAAUUGAUUAUGUUUCCAAAUGGGUGGAGGCCAAUCCCACUCGGACUGAUGACUCUUCUAUUGUUGUUAGCUUUGUCAGGUCUCACAUAUUUUGCAGGUUUGGAGUACCCAAGGUGAUCGUAAGUGAUCAAGGGUCUCAUUUUUGUAACAGACACAUGAAGGCUUUGCUACAUAAGUACGGGGUUACACACAAAGUUUCUACAUCCUAUCACCCUCAAACAAAUGGGCAAGCAGAAGUGUCUAACAGGGAGGUGAAAUCAAUUCUUGAAAAGACUGUGAGACCGGAUAGAAAGGAUUGUAGCAAAAGACUUGAAGAUGCACUAUGGGCUUAUAGGACUGCUUUCAAGACCCCUAUUGGAAUGCCUCCUUACAGGAUUGUGUAUGGAAAAGCUUGUCAUUUACCCAUGGAGAUUGAGCAUAGGGCGUAUUGGGCGGUUAAAGCAUGCAAUCUUGAUAGUGACACGGUUGGAGAAGAAAGAAAAUUGCAACUGCAAGAACUUGAAGAGAUUAGAUUGGAAGCCUAUGAAAACUCAUGGAUUUAUAAAGAAAAGGCCAAGAGAUUUCAUGACAAACAAAUUGAGGUGAAAGAGUUUCAAAUUGGUGACAAAGUACUUCUAUAUCGAUCUCGUCUCAAAUUGAUUAAAGGUAAGUUGAGAUCUAGAUGGGAAGGACCUUAUUGUGUUACUAAUGUUUUCUUUUAUGGAGUGGUUGAGAUUCAGGAUAUGUCUACUGGCCGGAUUUUUAAAGUUAAUGGACAAAAGCUUAAAAAGUUUCAUGAAGGAGUUAAGGGCUCAGUGGUGGAGGAAAUGGACCAUAUUGAUGCUAUCUACCCAAGCUAA